ACCGGGUCAGACAUCUGUGGAUUCUUUCAAGAUGCUCAGUAUGAGAUGUGUGUUCGCUGGAUGCAGCUGGGUGCCUUUUAUCCCUUCUCCAGGAACCACAACACCAUUGGGACCAGGAGACAAGACCCUGUAUCCUGGGAUAAAAACUUUGAGGAUAUUUCCAGAAGUGUGCUGGAGACCAGAUAUACUCUGUUGCCAUAUCUUUACACCUUGAUGUACAAAGCCCAUAAGGAGGGCAACACAGUUGUGCGGCCUCUUCUCCAUGAAUUUCUGGCAGACCGGGAGACCUGGAACAUAGACAAACAGUUUCUGCUGGGUCCAGCCUUCUUAGUCAGCCCUGUGCUGGAGCUUAAUGCCAGAAAUGUCAAUGCAUAUUUCCCUAAAGGCCUGUGGUAUGAUUAUUACACG